CGGACACCGCUUUUAAGAAACGCGAAAAACACGUCAUAUAUAAACAACACUGCACACUACUCUGCCGACCUCAAGCUCGCACUCACCUGAUAAACCCUAAUUUUCGCACUCUCGCUGGUUCCUGAAAGCUCAAAUACAGCUCGGCACAAUGUCGGAUGAGGAAAGGGAGGAGAGGGAGCUGGAUCUCAGCUUUCCUGAUGUUGUCACCAAAUACAAAUCCGCUGCUGAAAUUGUUAACAAGGCACUACAGCUAGUGCUGUCAGAAUGCAAGCCAAAGACCAAGAUUGUUGACCUUUGUGAGAAAGGAGAUGCUUUUAUUAGUGAGCAAUCGGGAAAAUUGUACAAGAAUGUGAAGAAGAAGAUUGAACGGGGUAUUGCGUUCCCAACUUGCAUCUCCGUGAACAAUACAGUCUGCCAUUUUUCGCCAUUGGCUAGUGACGAGACUGUGUUGGAAGAUGGAGAUAUUGUGAAAAUUGAUAUGGGGUGUCAUAUAGAUGGAUUUAUUGCUGUAGUUGGUCACACCCAUGUAAUUCAGCAAGGACCAGUUACUGGCAGGGCAGCUGAUGUUAUUGCUGCUGCCAAUACAGCUGCUGAGGUUGCUUUAAGGCUUGUUAGGCCAGGGAAGAAGAAUAAAGAUGUCACUGAGGCAAUUCAGAAAGUUGCUGCUGCUUACGACUGCAAGAUUGUCGAGGGAGUACUUAGUCAUCAAAUGAAGCAAUUUGUGAUUGAUGGUAACAAGGUUGUCUUAAGUGUCUCGUCACCCGAGACACGAGUUGAUGAAGCUGAAUUUGAGGAUAAUGAGGUGUACUCCAUUGACAUCGUUACAAGUACUGGUGAAGGCAAGCCAAAACUGUUAGAUGAGAAACAAACAACUAUAUAUAAAAGGGCAGUUGACAAGAACUAUCACCUAAAGAUGAAAGCAUCUCGGUUCAUUUUCAGCGAGAUAAGCCAGAAGUUCCCAAUCAUGCCAUUUUCAGCAAGGGCUUUGGAAGAGAAGCGCGCUCGUUUGGGCCUUGUAGAAUGCGUGAAUCAUGAUCUUCUACAGCCAUAUCCUGUACUUCAUGAAAAACCCGGUGAUCUGGUUGCCCACGUCAAGUUCACUGUUUUGCUAAUGCCAAACGGGUCAGAUAGGAUCACUUCUCAUCCUCUACAAGAACUGCAACCAUCAAAAACUGUAGAUGAUCCUGAAGUUAAAGCCUGGUUAUCAUUGCCCAUUAAGUCUAAGAAGAAAGGUGGAGGCAAAAAGAAGAAAGGUAAGAAAGAGGGUAAGGCUAAAGAUACAGCUGAUGCUGAGCCAGUGGAUGAAGCUGAAAAUGGUGCAGCCGCCUAAGAAUUUCGGAUUUCGUUUUCUUUAGUUUUUUCAGUUCCCUUUGAAAUUUGACAUCCUUUUAGUUAUGGAACAUGAGGCCUCGUUUAUAUACUAGCAAAUGUGUCUUUUACGUUCUACUACUACUUUGGCCUUAUUUUUUCAAUAGAAAUAGAUGUUAAAAAAUUCUGGAAAGAAUUUCACUUCUUUUGUUUUGAUACUUUGCGUUUUUCACUGGUGCCAU